AUGGUGGUAGAUACCGCCUACUACGAUGCUCUCGGCGUCAAGCCAGACGCAACCGAGAUAGAAAUCAAGAAGGCCUACAGAAAGCUUGCCAUCAAGCUUCACCCAGGUAUGGACUGACAGUAUACGCAGAGAGACUAGGUGAGAUCACCAGGCGGCUGACCUCUCUCAGACAAGAACCCGGACGACCCUACAGCACACGAGAAGUUUCAGACCGUCGGCGAGGCAUAUCAAGUCUUGAGCGAGCCUGAACUGCGUAAACAGUAUGACAAGCUUGGGAAGGAGGGCGCGAAGCCGGAUUCAGGCUUCGAGGACCCAGCUGAGUUCUUUACCAUGAUCUUCGGCGGAGAAGCUUUCCAGGACUGGAUUGGCGAGAUCUCCAUGAUGAAGGAUCUGACCAAGAGCAUGGAAAUCUCUAUGAAAGAGGAAGAGGAGCAGCCUACUGCUGCAGCAGACGAUGUCGCGGCCUCCACCGAGGCCCAGGCCGAGAAAGAAACAACCACUGGCACCACGCCUGCUGCCGGCGCUACUCCACAGGCUCCAACGGCACCCAAAGCUGAGACUGAGCAGGCCACGACGGCCGGCGCUACCCAAGAGAUACCAGUACUCGACUCAAAGCCUGUUGGUACCUCUCCCGCAGCUUCAGGUACUUCCACACCGCGUCCUCAUGGAAUUCCCACCCGCCUUGCUAUCACAGACAGGACAGAAGAGGAGGCUGCAGCUACCGCUGCUGGCAUGACAGAAGAGGAAAAGAAGCUCCGUGAGAAGGAGAAGCGCAAGGGUGGCUUGACCAAAGAACAGCGGGAAGAGCUCUAUGCCUUCGAGAUGGAGCGCAAGAAGAUCAGAGACGAGCGUGUGGAGACUCUGUCUAACAAGCUCGUCGACCGCAUCAGCGUAUGGACCGAAACCGACAAGGGCGAGGACGUCACCAAAGCCUUCAAGGAGAAGAUGAGGCUGGAGGCUGAGAACCUCAAGAUGGAGUCGUUCGGUAUCGAGAUCCUUCAUGCCAUUGGACAGACCUACGUCACCAAGGCCAGCACUUUCAUUAAGUCUCAGAAGCCUCUGAUCGGCGGUGUUAGCGGCUUCUUCAGCAGACUGAAAGACAAGGGCAAUCAAGUUCGCGACACUUGGACCACCGUCUCAAGCGCGAUCUCUGCCCAGAUCGAGAUCGAGGAGAUGGCCAAGGCGGAAGAGAAGGGCGGCGAGGACUGGACAGAUGAGAGGAGAGCUGAAUACGAGAAGCGUGUUACCGGGAAGAUUCUUGCUGCCGCAUGGAGAGGCAGCCGAUUUGAGAUCACCGGCGUGCUCCGUGACGUUUGCGACAAGAUUCUAUACGAUAAGAAGGUCAAGCCGGAGAAGCGCCUUGAGCGAGCGGAGGCAUUGUUGAUCGUUGGCCAGAUCUUUGCUAAGGCGAGUGUAGAUCAGCGUGUAGGCGGAAUCUUGCUAACAGUAUCGACAGGCUGAACGUGAUCCUGAAGAAGAGGGCGACUUCAUGGCAUUCGAGCAACUCAUGGCGGAAGCAACGGCUAAGCGUGAGAAGAAAGAGGACAAGGAGAAGGAGAAGAAAGAAAAGAAGCACCGCUUCGGACACAAGCACUCAGAGACGACUACUGCUGAUGAGAAGGAGAAGCCGGCUCACUAG